AUGACUGGUAGAGGCAAAGGGGGUAAAGGACUGGGCAAAGGAGGAGCCAAGCGGCAUCGGAAAGUGCUCCGAGAUAACAUCCAGGGGAUCACCAAGCCCGCCAUCCGCCGCCUGGCUCGGAGAGGCGGCGUUAAACGCAUCUCCGGUCUCAUUUACGAGGAGAUGCGAGGUGUGCUGAAAGUUUUCUUGGAGAAUGUCAUCAGGGAUUCAGUCACCUACACGGAACACGCCAAGCGCAGGACUGUCACAGCCCUGGAUGUUGUCUACGCGCUGAAACGCCAGGGACGGACCCUUUAUGGGUUCGGUGGUUGA